GUGCAGAGCCAGGUGUGUGUAAUGACUUCCAGUCUCAGGACUGAGUGGGGACACACACAUGCGAGCCCCGAGGGUGGCCCGGGGCUGGGGUGUGAGAAUGAAGGUCUACACGUGGGAGGGGCCCUCCGGUGUUGUGAAUGGCUGAGCUGCUGCGGCGGCGGCGAGCCCAGGCCCCGCACCGUCUGGUUGGGACACCCGGAGAAGAGGGACCAGAGGUAUCCUCGAAAUGUCAUCAACAACCAGAAGUACAAUUUCUUCACCUUCCUCCCUGGGGUGCUGUUCAACCAGUUCAAGUACUUCUUCAACCUCUACUUCUUGCUUCUCGCCUGUUCCCAGUUUGUACCUGAGAUGAGACUGGGUGCACUCUAUACCUACUGGGUCCCUCUGGGCUUCGUGCUGGCCGUCACCAUCAUCCGAGAGGCUGUGGAGGAGGUGCGGUGCUGUGUGCGGGACAAGGAUGUGAACUCUCAAGUCUACAGCAGGCUCACAGCCAGAGGGACGGUGAAGGUGAAGAGUUCCAACAUCCAGGUGGGGGAUCUGAUCAUCGUUGAGAAGAACCAGCGGGUCCCAGCCGACAUGGUGUUCCUAAGGACGUCAGAGAAAAAUGGGUCUUGCUUCUUGCGCACGGACCAGCUGGAUGGGGAGACGGACUGGAAACUGCGCCUUCCUGUGGCCUGCACGCAGCGGCUGCCCACAGCUGCCGACCUGCUGCAGAUCCGGGCGUACGUCUACGCGGAGGAGCCGAACAUCGACAUUCACAACUUCGUGGGGACUUUUAACAGAGAGGACAGCGACCCCCCCAUCAGUGAGAGUCUGGGCAUGGAGAAUGCCCUGUGGGCUGGCUCGGUUGUGGCAUCAGGGACGGUCGUGGGUGUUGUCCUUUACACCGGCCGAGAACUACGGAGCGUCAUGAAUACCUCGAACCCCCGGAGUAAGAUUGGCCUGUUUGACUUGGAGGUGAACUGCCUCACGAAGAUCCUGUUCGGCGCGCUGGUGGUGGUGUCGCUGGUCAUGGUGGCACUGCAGCACUUUGCCGGCCGCUGGUACCUGCAGAUCAUCCGCUUCCUCCUCCUCUUUUCCAACAUCAUCCCCAUCAGUUUGCGCGUGAACCUGGACAUGGGCAAGAUCGUGUACAGCUGGGUGAUUCGCAGGGAUUCAAAAAUUCCGGGGACUGUGGUUCGCUCCAGCACGAUCCCUGAGCAGCUGGGCAGGAUUUCUUACUUACUCACAGACAAGACAGGAACUUUGACCCAGAAUGAAAUGGUUUUCAAACGGCUACACCUGGGCACAGUGGCCUAUGGCCUGGACUCCAUGGAUGAAGUGCAGAGCCAUGUAUUCAGUGUCUACACCCAGCAAUCGCAGGAGCCCCCGGCGCAGCGGGGCCCCGCGGUGGCCACCAAGGUGCGGCGCACCAUGAGCAGCCGCGUGCAUGAGGCGGUGAAGGCCAUCGCGCUGUGCCACAACGUCACCCCCGCCUACGAGUCCAACGGCGCCACCGACCAGGCCGAGGCCGAGAAGCAGUACGAGGACUCGUGCCGUGUGUACCAGGCGUCCAGCCCAGACGAGGUGGCCCUGGUCCAGUGGACGGAGAGCGUGGGUUUAACCCUGGUGGGCCGCGAUCAGUCUUCCAUGCAGCUGAGGACCCCUGGCGACCAGAUCAUGAACUUCACCAUCCUGCAGAUCUUCCCCUUCACCUACGAGAGCAAGCGCAUGGGCAUCAUCGUGAGGGACGAGUCCUCUGGAGAAAUCACCUUCUACAUGAAGGGGGCGGAUGUGGUGAUGGCCGGCAUUGUGCAGUACAACGACUGGCUGGAGGAGGAGUGCGGCAACAUGGCCCGGGAAGGGCUGCGGGUGCUCGUGGUGGCCAAGAAGUCUCUCACCGAGGAGCAGUACCAGGACUUCGAGGCCCGCUACGUGCAGGCCAAGCUGAGCGUGUAUGACCGCUCCCUCAAAGUGGCCACGGUGAUCGAGAGCCUGGAGAUGGAGAUGGAGCUGCUGUGCCUGACGGGCGUGGAGGACCAGCUGCAGGCCGACGUGCGGCCCACGCUGGAGACGCUGCGCAACGCGGGCAUCAAGGUGUGGAUGCUGACGGGGGACAAGCUGGAGACGGCCACCUGCACAGCCAAGAACGCGCACCUGGUGACCCGGAACCAAGACAUCCACGUUUUCCAGCUGGUGACCAACCGCGGGGGCGCCCACCUGGAGCUGAACGCCUUCCGCCGGAAGCACGACUGCGCCCUGGUCAUCUCGGGGGACUCCCUGGAGGUGUGCCUCAAAUACUACGAGUACGAGUUCAUGGAGCUCGCGUGUCAGUGUCCGGCCGUGGUGUGCUGCCGCUGCGCGCCCACGCAGAAGGCGCAGAUCGUGCGUCUGCUCCAGGAGCGCACGGGGAAGCUCACCUGCGCAGUGGGUGACGGAGGCAACGACGUCAGCAUGAUCCAGGAGGCCGACUGCGGCGUGGGUGUGGAGGGAAAGGAAGGGAAGCAAGCCUCGCUGGCCGCCGACUUCUCCAUCACGCAGUUCAAGCACCUCGGCCGGCUGCUCAUGGUGCACGGGCGGAACAGCUACAAGCGCUCGGCGGCCCUCAGCCAGUUCGUGAUCCACCGGAGCCUCUGCAUCAGCACCAUGCAGGCUGUCUUCUCCUCCGUGUUCUACUUCGCGUCCGUGCCGCUCUACCAAGGCUUCCUGAUCAUCGGGUACUCCACCAUCUACACCAUGUUCCCCGUCUUCUCUCUGGUUCUGGACAAGGAUGUCAAGUCGGAAGUGGCCAUGCUGUACCCCGAGCUCUACAAGGACCUCCUCAAGGGACGGCCGUUGUCCUACAAGACGUUCCUGAUCUGGGUUCUAAUUAGCAUCUACCAAGGGAGCACCAUCAUGUAUGGGGCGCUGCUGCUGUUCGAGUCCGAGUUUGUGCACAUCGUGGCCAUCUCCUUCACGUCGCUCAUCCUCACGGAGCUGCUCAUGGUGGCACUCACCAUCCAGACGUGGCAUUGGCUCAUGACAGUAGCCGAGCUGCUCAGCCUGGCCUGCUACAUCGCCUCUCUGGUGUUCCUCCACGAGUUCAUUGACGUGUACUUCAUCGCCACCCUGUCCUUCCUGUGGAAAGUGUCGGUCAUCACGCUGGUCAGCUGCCUCCCGCUCUACGUCCUCAAGUACCUGCGACGCCGCUUCUCACCCCCCAGCUACUCGAAGCUCACGUCCUAGGCUGUGCGCGUGCGCGGAAGGGGGACGCACGUCCUAGGCUGUGCGUGCGCGAAGUUGGGGGGGGGGGGUGGAAUCCCACGUCCCAGGUUCCGCGCGUGCGCGGAAGGGACCCACGUCCUAGGCUGCGCGUGCGCAGAGGGGACCCGGCCCGGCCCUGCCCGCAACCUGGGGACACGGUCCCUGUUCAUUUGUGCUGCCCGCUGCCCGAGGGCGCGGUCGGAGUCGCUAACCCGUGGUCCUCGCGCUGUGGCACAGGCCCUGACCCUGGAGACGCGGAGGGGGGCGCGGGGCCGCGUGCGUGGGUCGCUGUGCCGGCUUCCUUGUGACUUGAAUUUUGUUGCUCUGUGAUAAAGUUUCUGUGUAGGUGAA